AUGGUCAAGUUGUGUCUGUCCAUUGCCGCUCUCUGCGGCAUCGUUGGCGCCCUCCCCAGUGUCGAUCCGAUCUUCACGCGUCAAUCCCUCGACAAGACUGAUGUCAACAUUGUAUCGUCCAAGGCCAGUCCUGAGGGCCAUUUCAAGGCGUACAAGACGGGUGGACUGAGACGUCUCGGCGCCAAAAAGGACAAGGAGAACGAACUCAGCAAGAGGUGGUCGUGCAACUCGUCGCCAACGUACACCUCUGGCGACAACGAUAAUGGCGGCAAGGGCGUGUCGAUCCAUAACAGCGCCUCCGAGACGCAGUGCUUCUACAUUUUUCAUAACAACUGCGACACCGUUCCGUGGAAGUACAUCUGGGUGAAGCCUGGCGAGACCCGGUUCGUCUCAUUCCCAGACCAGUGGGAGGGCCGUAUUCAACGCGGCUUGGACGAAUACAUGCUCAGGGGCACGGCGGAGUGGUUGGGCUCUUGGUUCGAGGUGAGCUGGGACCAGAACGGCUGGGGCUGGGCCGAUCUGUCUCUCAUCCGCGGCAACGACGGCGGCGUUAUGCUCACGUCCGGGGACGGUUCCAAUGCCAAGAGGGGAUACUCGCAGUGGGUCUUGGACGGUGCACCCAACGACGCCUACGCCCAGAAGUCCGACGGCGCGUGGGUCAUUUCGGCGACUGAACGGCUGGACGGAUCGAUUGCAACAGCUGCGCGGGACUGGAAUCUCGCCAAGGUCGGCGCGGAGAAUGCCUAUUGCGAUGACUAUCACGGCCACCCUGUCAUUGCAGCGACGAACGGUCGUUUUAGCACUGAUUGGCCUGCUGGCAGGGCUUAG